CCCUUGGAAGUGUCCUGUGUCGACAUGACAGUUGCUGCUGCUGGGUCACAAAAUGUUCAGGAGGCAUAAACCCAGCGCUCCAGAACACAAGAAGGACUUUGCUGUGCAUGGAGCCGUGCUGCCGGGGCCUCAGAAUGAUAUGAGGUCUUUUUUCAACUUGUCUCAGCUUGUACUCUGUGCUGGCCAGCUCAGAUCACCACCCAUACUCAGGCAUUCAAAAAUCACUUACUUUGAAGUGGAAAUCCUUGAUGCCCAAAGUAAGAGGCAGAUCUGUGUGGUGGAUAAGGUACCUCCGUCAUCCACCCUCCUUGAUGUAAAACAUAAAUUUCACAAAACAUGUCCCCAGUGGAACCCUUCCCGUAUUGGCCUGCGACUAGAACGCAAUGGGCCCUAUUUGAAGGAUUCCAUUAGCAUUCAAAGCUUGGCAGUUUCCUCCAUCAUUACUCUGUACUUUACAGAUCUGGGUCAGCAGGUCAGUUGGACCACAGUUUUUCUGACUGAAUACAGUGGGCCUCUACUAAUCUACUUGCUCUUUUACAUUCGUCUCUCAAGUAUUUAUGCUGAAGAGGAGAAUAUGGAGAGCUUCCGUCACCCAGUAGUUCACUUGGCCUGCUUCUGUCAUUGUUUACACUAUGUCAGACAUCUUCUGGAGACAUUAUUUGUUCACAAGAUUUCCGGAGGGCACACGCCUCUGAAAAAUAUGAUAAAGGGCUGUGCCUUUUACUGGGGAUUCACUUCUUGGAUUGCUUACUAUGUCAAUCACCCCCGAUACACUCCACCAUCAUUUGGCAACAGGCAAGUUAUUUUUGCUGCCCUCACUUUUCUGAUGUGUGAAGCUGGAAAUCAUUUUAUCAAUGUUGCUUUAGUCCAACAAAAUAACUCAGGAAAUAAAGCCUCUUUUCCAAGUCCAACUUACAACCCCUUCACAUGGCUAUUCACACUGGUUUCCUGUCCCAACUACACAUAUGAGAUUGGGUCUUGGAUUAGUUUUACCGUGAUGACACAAACACUGCCAGUUGGAGUUUUUGCUUUCCUGAUGGCCAUCCAGAUGGCCCUCUGGGCCCAAAAGAAACACAGGCUCUACCUGAAGAAAUAUAAUAUGGGUGUUCUUAGGAAAACAGCCAUAAUUCCAUUCAUCUUCUAAGCUUCUCAAGCACUAGAAGCCCGUAUUCACUGAGAACUGAUUCUGGAAACCAGUGAACCCUUACAAUUAGUAACCAAAGAGGGCUUAGGCAAUAAUUGUUGGGUAUCCUUUUCAGACAAUUUACAUGAGAAUGGGGCGUUUUGAAUUAAGUGAACAGAAUCUGGCUUUGAACCCUCAGUUUGUGUUAGAAGAUAUGAUUUAAUUAGAUUUUGUGCAAUGGAGCUAAUCAGGAAGACAAGAAAAUCUGGCUUGUGAAUGUUGGGCCAGAUCAUCAGCUGGUAUAAAUGGGUGUUGCUCUGUUUCAAGCCAGUGGGGUGAUGCUGAUCUACUCCAUGUUAAGAUCUGGCCCUUUUAAGGUUCAAUACCAAAUGCAGAUCAGAUUCUGAGUGUUUUGCAUUGCAGAAAAUGCCACAGCUUUAACUGUAUUCAAAGCAGCAUGCUCUGUGUAAAUCCUUCUAAACUGUACCACCAAACAGCAUUAACACAAUUAGGGUAGCUCUGAAGAUUUGUUUUACUGAACCAAUUCCUGACUACUAGCAAGUUUGAUGAUGCAAACUGGCUUAAAGUCAGCACUGUGGAGAAGUCUGUUUUUUUUUCUAGGAGGCAGCAUGGCCUAAGUGGAUCGAGUGAGUAUCAGGCGAAUGAAGUUCUAAUUCCAGUCUUAUGAACAUAAGCACUACCACAAUGGGUCAGACCAAUGGUCCAUCUAGCCCAGUAUCCUGUCUCCAACUGUGGCCGGUUCCAGAGCAUCAGGGGGAGUGCUCAAAACAGUACAAUUAUGAUGUGAUCCAUCCCUCUCUUCCCCUCCCGGCUUCUGGUAGUCCCAGGUUUAGGGUCACCCCAAGUAUGUCCCACCUUGCAACUUAUGUGGUCUGUUGCCAUGAGUAAAUCGCUUAAAUCCAGAUUAUGACACCAUCUCUCAUGCUGAAUUAAUCACACCAGAAUUAAUGGAACUGUUUGUGCAGUAAGUUUCUACUCGGUGUGAGUAAUGGGAUCACAAAUUGCUCUGUAACCUCUCAGUGCCUCAGACUUUCCAUCUCAGGCUAACACUUACCCUCUGUUUAUAAAGCACUUGGAGAUCCUGAGAUGUAACCUGUACCUAAAUACCAAUUAUUACUGAAGGGGAGAUGAUCCCCACCUGAAUUCAGUGCCUAUCUUGGUUCAAACAUGCCAGGACAGGUACUCAGCUGGUGUAAAUGGGCAGCGCUUCAUGGAUCUUGAUUGGCAUCGCGUGCAUCCUGAGGUUGCUUUUGGAAAUCAAGACCUGGUUUGAGUUGCUUAGUCAGUUCUUUCUUUGCUUUGCUUUUUUUGAGUGUCAUUAUUCUUUUCAAAGGGAAGAUCUUUUAUUCAAAUCCCUGGAAACUCUUCGUAAAUUCAUUUGCAAGUCAAUGACUCCUUUAAUUCAGAGUAACACAAUUUUUAGAGGCACGGUAUGAAGGAAUUGUAGUAGCUUUGGAGAGUAAAGGGGUCAUGGUUGCCUCAUGAAGCAUUAAUGCACUUAACCCCACAUCUUCAGUUCUUCAUUCUGUUUAUUUGGCACCUUAAUAGAUGCAUCUCACAUCCUCAUGGCAGGUUAAAAAGCCUGGCUGAAAACUUCAAUCAUUAGUCUAGAACCAAGCUACAGUAGCAAAGCAGGACAAGUUCAGGCUCUGAGAGAAACUGUUAUCUUGCCUAGCAGUACCAUUCUCAAGUGCUCUAACAAAGUUAAUUUGUCCUAUAAAUUGGGUUCAUAUCCCUCUUCAAAUGUCUAAUCUACAGGCUUGCAGUGUUUAUCCUAUUAGCAAGACAAGCAACGAGUUACGUGUGUUACUAUAGUAUCUGUUAUAAAUAUUCAAGUGAAAUAGUAGCCAAAGCCACAUUGUAAGUUUCAUCAAUUCUGCUAGACUGGUAGAUACAGUGAAAUAUGUUGUUUUAAAAAAAAUUGGAAAAAUAGGGAGAAAAUAACUGAGUUUGGUUAUAUGGCUAGGGUAAAAAGAGAAGGAAAUAAGAAGAAGGGUUGAGUUGAAAACUGUUUACGGUAAUGAUGAAAAGGAAAGUCGUAUAUGAAUUUUUGGCCACGACAACAUCGUUGGUGGACCCAUAAAUCCUGGGAGAUGCAUAUAUCUUAGUCCUUUCAGUAAAACACAAUGGAUUACACUGAAACAGAUUAGGACUGUGUAAUGACAUGGUGCAUACCAAAUAAAUCCUGUGUAAGGAUGAUGUAUGUAAAGAAUAAUUGCAUUUAAUUUUGGUAAUGUAAAUACAUAAUUUCCCAUAUAUUUUUUUAAACUGGUGAGCUGUUAACACCUGGCAUUUUUUUUCAUUGCUACCAAUAGAUAUACCAGAAUCACUUUGAACAACCAAUUAGCGAUUAUGUCCCAUAAUAAAGAUCUAUUUUAGAAGA